AUGAUUGGUGCUAAGCCGUGCAAUACUCCUUGUUCAUUUGGUUCUAAAUUAUCAGGUUUUGAGGGUUCUCCAUUGAUUGAUCCUGCUGAAUAUCGAAGCAUUGUUGGAGGGCUACAAUAUUGCACACUUACUUGGCCUGAUAUUUCUUUUUCGAUAAAUCAAUUAUGUCAAUUCAUGCAUUCUCCUACAGACAAACACUGGGCAGCGGCAAAGCGAGUACUUCGGUAUCUUAAAGCUACUAUUGAUCAUGGUAUUCAUUAUUCCAAGUCUUCACUUCAACUAAAUGCGUAUUGUGACUCGGAUUGGGCUGGUUCUCCCAAUGAUCGGCGAUCUACAAGUGGUUUUGCGGUGUUUCUUGGGUCAAGUUUAAUUUCUUGGAGUACAAAGAAACAACAUGUUGUUGCUCGUUCUUCAACCGAAGCUGAAUAUCGGUCUUUGGCUAUUGCUACAACAUAA